CGCGGCGGGGCCGGAGCCGGAGCCGGGGCCGGAGCCGGGACCGGAGCCGAGCCCGGGAACCGGGACUAGAACUGGUGCCGGAACCGGGCCAAGACCGUGCCAAGGCGGCCCAUACUGCGGAGACGAGGCGGCUCGGUCCUUGGGCCGGGCCGGGGGCUGCUGCUCCGUGCCACUCGGUGCCGUUUCUAGAUCAAGCAGGGCUGGCCCGGGCCGGCCCACUGUAGUCAGGGCUGGCCCGGGCCGGCUGGGUUCGGCUUCUCCUGGUCUGGUUCGAUCCAGCUUGGUCCAGUCAGGUUGGGCUCAGUCUGGCCAGGUCCAGCUCAAUCUUCUAGGGUCGAGCUGGGUCUGGUCGGGUCCAACCAGGUCAGAUCUGGCUUGGUCUGGUCAGAUCCAGGUCAAUCCAGCUGGAUUGGGUCAAGAUUGGACAGGUCUGGUACAGUCCGGUUAGCUCUGGCUUGGUCCGGUAGAGUCCACCUUCGUUUGGUUUGGUUUGGUUGGGCCCAGCUUGGGCUGCUUGGGUCCGUUCAAGACAAGUUGGGGCUGGUGUGGGCCACGUGGUUCCUGUUGGGUCUAGCUGAGCCCUCUGAGAUUUGCCAUGGGUGAGCUGGGGCUGGGCCGGGAGUUCCACACUUGGCAUGAGUUCAGCUGCUUCUUCGACGAGUGGUGCGAGCGCCACAAGGUGCUCUUCAUCAUCGCCAGCCUGAAGCCGCUUGUCUCGCUGCGGCGACACCCGCUGCACACCCAGCCCAGCCUGGCUGAGACGCUGCGCUUCCGCUUCGUCCGCCUAAUCUGCAAGCACAGUGGCACCUACGUGGGCCAGAGUACCGUGCAGCGCAACCGGCUGAGCGAGAAGAUCGACUGCCCGGCUUCGGUCACGCUGCGGCUGGGCCCCAAGAAGGACCGGCUGGUGGUAAUUGAGGCCAGCCUGGAGCACAACCACCGCCUUUCCGAGGUGGAGUUUGCCCACUACUUCAAGAGACACCAGCUAGAGGCCAGCAUGGGGCUACCCAUCCGCAUCACCAACAGCGUCUCCAAGCGCUUCCUGGCACCCGACCUGGUUUGGAACUUGGAGGACUACAGCAAGGCCAAGGACAAGGGGAUGUGUGAGCUCCUGAGCCAGCUGGACGGGCUCUUCAAGAGUGACCCGGGGGCCAAAGUCAAGCUUGUCUUCCAGGAGGAUGUGGCGGUUCUCAACAGCAUCUUCCUGGCCACCUCGCACAUGCGAGGCCUGGUGCAGCGUUUCCCCCGCUGCCUCUACAUGGACCGAGCGGCCUGUGUGAACGGUGAGUUUGACCUCUAUUCCGUGCUCUGUGAGGAUGCCAACGGGCGUGGACGGGAGUGUGCCUACUGUGUGGCCCGCCGUGGCGUGCCCGACCUCGUCCUCUUCAUUGUGGCCUCGCUGGUGCAGAGCGCCCCGGACAUCAAGCUCCAGGUGCGGUGCCUGACGGUAGGAGUGGGCGUCACGGACCUGGACGCUGUUGAGGAGGUGCUGCCCUGCGCCCGUGUCCAGAUCUGCCGUCUCCAGGUGCUUGAGGCGCUCUACCGCAAGGCACGCGAGCUCGCUGCCCCUAAGGAGGACAGAGUGCUCAACUUGCUGCACAACAUGGCCAAUGCCAGCUCACCCCGUGUCUACAGCCAGUACCUGAGUGAUCUGGAGGAUGUGGCCCCCCUUGCCUUCCUACAGUACUACCUGGAGACGUGGCACCACAACAAGGGCAUGUGGGCUGAGUGCUGGGCCUUCGAGCGCAACCGCGACUGCCCCUUCCUUGAGCACAUGAGUUUCCAUCGGCAGAAGCUCUGUUCGGUGCUAGGACCACCCCUGGGGCUGGCUGCCUGCGUUCGGGGGCUGUUGGACCUGCAGGCUCUGCGGGUGGAGGUGGCCGCCCUCAAUGAGGAGCGAGUCUCGGACCUGUACCGGGCCACCUGCCCGCCUGAAAGCGCAGCCCUUGUGGCCGAGGAGCUGGGGCUGGCCAAGCACGCUGACUGCCAUGUUGAUGAGGUGCCUGAUGGUUUCCUGCUCCAUGGUGGUGGCUGCUCCUUCGUGGUCAGCCCUGACCUGGCCUCCUGCAGCUGCUCCAUCUACGUCUCCAGUCGGCGGCCCUGUCGCCAUGUCUUUGCCGCCCGUCUGUGGACUGGCCAGCCCCUCUAUGACCCUGGGCUGCUACCCUUGCCCCUGGGCCUCGAGGGGCAGAAUGCUUCCUAGCGCCCUGCAUCCCAGGGUGAAUGGCAGGCAGGUGAGCACAUGUGGGUGUUGCCGGGACAUGGACGAUGCUGCCCAUGGUGGGGUUUGGGGGCAGCUGCUUCCUAGACUCUCCCCUCUCCUCCCCCCCCCACAAUAAAAGGCCUUUUAGAUGCCACCAAGGA